GAUGUGUCAAUAGAGAAGGCGCGUUUGUACGUGGCGUGGGCAACGGACGCGGUGUUCAUGACGUAUGCCCUUGCUGGCGCGCUUGAGUCGGCCGCCUUGGGCGGCGCCCCAUGGAUGCUGACGGCGCGCUCCAAGGCCGGCCUGGCAUUGGUCAAGCGCAGGGUUGCCCAGAAGGCCGCGCAAACGCGCGGGGCCGAUAUGGCGGGCGUCCUGGACGGGGCCGCUUGGAAGCUCUGCGAGGACGCCAUCGACAAGCGGCAGAAUAUUGUCGAGCGCAAAAAGAGCUCGUGA